CGAAUAACUCGAAUACAUCCUCAGGAAUGAAAAUGAGUCAGCUGGGAACAGUUUAUGCCACCAAAAGGAGGCGCCGCAAUGGCAAAAGCAUUAAGGCAACUCCGAAAGAAGGCAUCACUAAGAGCAACCCGUCUAAGCGUCACCGAGAACGACUGAACGCGGAGCUGGAUCUUCUCGCCUCUCUGUUACCAUUUGAGCAGAACAUAUUGAGUAAACUGGAUCGAUUAAGCAUUCUUCGGCUGUCGGUCAGCUAUCUGCGGAUUAAAAGCUAUUUCCAAGUUGUAAUGCACAAAGAAAAGGGCGAAAAUGGACUGGUGUCGCAUUCCGCUUCUGAUGAAAAUUAUCGUGCGCGAGAUUUUACCUCCUACGAUCAUAGUUUCGUUGUCGACAGUGAUAUGUUCUUACAGGCAUUAAAUGGUUUUAUAAUGAUUCUUACUUGCGAGGGUGAAGUAUUUUUUGCAACACACACGAUUGAAAGCUAUUUGGGAUUUCAUCAGUCUGAUAUCAUUCACCAAUCCGUAUACGAGCUCGUACACUCGGAAGAUCGAGAAGAGCUGCAGAAGCAACUGUUGUGGAACUCUUUUUUACCGGCUGAUCUCUCCGGUAUUCAAUUGUCGGAAGCGUUGGUGCCGGAAAAGGACAAACUCUUGGAACGAAGCUUUACCGUGAGGUUUCGCUGUCUGCUCGACAACACCUCUGGCUUUCUGCGCCUGGACAUUAGAGGACGGGUGAAAAUAUUACAUGGCCAGAAUAAAAAGAACGAAGAACCACCACUUGCAUUGUUUGCGUUCUGUACCCCGUUCGGACCGCCUAGCCUGCUGGAGAUUCCACCCAAGGAAAACAUGUUCAAAUCAAAGCAUAAGCUGGACUUUUCACUCGUUUCCAUGGAUCAUAAAGGAAAAAAUACACUCGGAUACUCGGAUUCCGAAUUGGCAAACAUGGGUGGAUACGAUUUGGUGCACUACGAUGAUUUGGCGUACGUGGCUAGUGCUCAUCAGGAAUUACUAAAAACGGGAGCCUCGGGUAUGAUUGCCUAUCGCUAUCAGAAGAAAGAUGGUGCCUGGCAAUGGCUGCAAACCAGCUCUAGGUUGGUGUAUAAAAAUUCUAAGCCCGACUUCGUUAUCUGCACACAUCGUCAAUUAAUGGAAGAGGAAGGUCGAGAUCUGCUUGGCAAGCGCACGAUGGAUUUUAAAGUAAGUUAUCUGGAUGCAGGCAUCUCGUCGACCUACUUUGAAUCGGAUCAGCUGAUCGUUAGCUCAAACAACAGCAGUGCGCCAAGCUCGCCGACGACUUCCCAACAGCGUGCCAACCGGCGUUACAAAACACAGCUUCGCGACUUUCUCUCUACCUGUCGCCAUAAACGUAAACUGCCGAACCAGUGCGCCACCGAACAGGUUUCACCUAGCGUCGUGGAUUAUAUUCCUGGUGGGCCGCCAGGGACGGCGGCAGCGGCGGCUGCAGUUGCCGCAGCUGCCUAUUCGAACAGCAUCAACAGCGUUUAUUCACCGGCAGCCCACUUCCCCGGCACCGCACCAGACAACGUGUAUAUGACCGGGCCAGUUCAUUCGUCGAAUUUUUACCCGAUGCCCGAUAAUCUUUUCCACCAGUAUCGGCUGCAAGGUGUAAGUGGCUACUAUCCCGAGUAUCAUACCAGCACUAGUGCAUCCACCUUUGUUCCUACUAACGGGCUUAUUCCGUACGACAGUUAUGGAAUCACUAAAGAGGACACCAUGCGCUGGCAUGAGGGGACAAAGAGCUACGGUGUUGGCAGUGAGUCGGGCCAAUCGCACCCGGCCAGUAACGAAUCGUCCCAACAAGCUGAAGCACCUAGUGGAUGCGCUUCGAGCGAAGCCUCCUAUCUUGUCAGUGGCUUCGCAGCAGCUCCCGGUACCGAUCCAAGAUCCCCUCAUGUCCCCAAAAGUUCGUGCCAGCAGGGUAAGAGUGUUUCCCCACACUCAUCCGAGGAGCUGGUCGAUCCUUGCAGUACCAUCGAUGGUAACGCCACACCGACCAAAGAUAGGCUGGAGCGUCAUACGCACCAUGGCAGCCAACCGACACAUCAUGGGUCACAAAACUCACAACACCAUCAUACCGGUGCUCAUCAUCAACCGGCUCACCGUCACACUCACCACCAUCAUCAGCAACAGCAGCCACAAGCUCAACACCAUCAUCAUGUGCAGCAUCAUUCGGAUAUUCAGCAAAUUCAUCCGCAUAUGCAUCAGCACGCUCAUCCAACUCAUCGCCAUCGGAACGGUGAUGGUUCGGAAGAACUUAAACUGGGCACCACCAAAUCUUCGGUAUCCUCCUCGCCCGUUCGCCACAACGAACCACAACGUCAGACCGUUCUUAUGUGGGGUACGUCUUACAAUAACAGCGCCAUCAGUGGCAACGAUAAUCCUCAUGCUGGUAGUAGCAAUGGUUCACCAUCGUAUGAUUAUAUGGAUUCUGCGGGUAACUUCAAUCUUGUAAAUCUGCCGAAAUCUCCCUCCGUUGGCAUCUCCAUUAGUAGUAACGAUUUGAACAGUAACUCUAUCAACACGAACACCUCCGCAAACGGCGAGCCUACUCAUCAUCUUCCCGACCCAUCCACUAACAAUCCCAAUCAAAAACAUCCCGCCACCUGCGAACCACCGUCACAAACAUCCAACGAGACGAUCCUGGAGUCAAUCGAAAGCAACCCUACUAAAACGAAAACCCUGCAGUCUGCCGAUUCCACCGGCGAAACCAAUGCUUACAGCGGGAAACCAUCCAAAAUCUAUGCUAACCAUUCUAACCAACAACAACAACCGACCCAGCUGUCGCAAGCUACGGAACCACUCACGGACGGAACGACUGUCAUUUCGAUGGAUCCAACUAAUGCCAUUCCUGCUUCCGCCGAUACUAAAUGGUAUUGCACAGAUGAUGCAUAACACUCACUAGCGCUGUAGAUCAUAGUACUAACUAUCGUUUUGCCACUAAUGCAUGCAGCCCACGCAACUG